AUGGCCGACCGCGGCUUUGAGUUGUCGGCUCUGCCAAAAGAGGUCAGGGACCAGCUGGCGGAGUUGGACCUGGAGCUGUCCGAAGGUGACAUCACACAGAAGGGCUAUGAGAAGAAAAGAACCAAGCUACUGGCUCCAUACAUCAUCCAUACCCCAGUGGCACCACCCCAGAGGAAUAAUGUACAGCCGCCCGCUCCCAGUUCCUCUACCACCCAUGGGCCUCCCCCCUCUAGCUCAUCCCGUUACCGAGAACGACGCUCUCGUAGGACGCAUCGCAACGGUGGAACCAGGGAUGACCGCUACAGAUCAGAUAUUCACUCUGAAGCAGUACAAGCUGCUCUGGCUAAACAUAAAGAAGAAAAAAUGGCGCUUCCCAUGCCUACGAAACGACGUUCAACCUAUGUGCCGUCCCCCAUUGAAACACGCACACCACCAGACUCCUCAUCGGCCUCUGAGGACGAAACUUCAGUGCGCAGGCAGUCGUCAGUGGUCAUCCCUGCCCCUUGUCUCAAUCCCAACCAGCAGAGCCCCGACUGUUGGAUCAACCGCUCGGCCCAGGGCUCGUCCACAUCCUCAUCGGCCUCAUCCACCAUGUCCCAUGGAGAGCCCAAGCCGCAGCAUCACAACCAGCCUCAGCCUCAGUACAAGCCUCAGUACCAACCUCUGUACAAGCCUCAAUACCAGCCGCACCAGCAGCCGCCACACGAGCCGCCGCCGCCACACGCUGCAGCCAUCACCGACAUGAUGGCCCACAGUCGCAUUGCUCCCCCUGAGAACAGCGCCCCACCUCCAGAUGUGACGGCUGUUGCACUUCCACCCAGAGGCCCCCGAGUUGACUUGCCCUCCAACGCAACGGUCCGUGGGAUGAAUCGAGGACAGAGCCGGUCCAGCAUGAUGGAGACUGCAGACGGAGUUCCAGUGAACAGCAGGGUGUCCACUAAGAUCCAGCAACUUCUCAACACACUGAAAAGACCAAAGAGGCCCCCACUUAGUGAGUUCUUCACUGACGACUCGGAAGAGAUAGUAGAAGUCCCACAGCCAGACCCCAACACACCCAAGCCAGAGGGCCGACAGAUCAUCCCAGUGAAGGGCGAGCCUUUGGGGGUGGUCAGUAACUGGCCCCCAGCCUUGCAGGCUGCAUUGGCCAGAUGGGGGGCCACGCAGGGGAAAAGUCCUGCCCUAACAGCUCUCGACAUCACAGGCAAACCGCUCUACACGCUGACUUAUGGGAAGCUGUGGAGUCGCAGUGUGAAACUUGCAUACACUCUUCUAAACAAGUUGGGCAACAAAAAUGAGCAGAUUCUUAAACCUGGGGACAGGGUGGCACUUGUGUACCCCAAUAGUGACCCUGGUAUGUUCUGGGUGGCUUUCUAUGGCUGCCUCCUCGCUGAGGUCAUACCUGUUCCAAUAGAGGUGCCACUCUCCCGCAAGGAUGCAGGCAUCAGCCAGGUGGGAUUUCUUCUAGGCAGUUGUGGUGUGGGCCUGGCACUGACCAGCGAGAUAUGUCUGAAGGGUCUACCCAAGACCCCCACUGGAGAAAUAAUGCAGUUCAAAGGAUGGCCUCGGAUGAAGUGGGUGAUUACGGACUCAAAGUACUUGACCAAGCCUUCUAAAGACUGGCAGCCACACAUCCCGACAGCCAACACAGACCCUGCCUACAUAGAGUACAAAGCAAAUAAGGAGGGUACUGUGGUUGGUGUGGCAGUAUCUAAGGUUGCCAUGCUGACCCACUGCCAGGCAUUGACCCAAGCCUGCAACUAUUGCGAGGGUGAAACAUUAGUGAAUGUUUUAGACUGUAAGAAGGACAUGGGUCUCUGGCAUGGGGUUCUCACGGCUGUGAUGAACAGGAUCCACACUAUCAGUGUUCCAUAUGCAGUUAUGAAGGCGUGUCCUCUCUCUUGGGUGCAGAGAGUUCACAUUCACAAAGCCCGUUUAGCUUUGGUGAAAUGUCGGGACUUGCAUUGGGCCAUGAUGGCCCACCGAGAGCAGAGAGACAUCAGCCUGGUAUCAUUACGUAUGCUGAUUGUUGCUGAUGGCGCCAACCCCUGGUCGGUUUCUUCCUGUGAUGCCUUCCUGAACAUUUUCCAAUCCCAUGGCCUGAAGCCUGAGGUCAUCUGUCCCUGUGCCACAUCUCCUGAAGCAAUGACAGUAGCAAUACGCAGACCGGGUUUACCUGGGGCGCCGCUUCCUGCCCGUGCUGUCCUUUCCCUAGGAGGCCUGAGCCAUGGCGUCAUCAGGGUCAACACAGAGGACAAGAACUCUGCUCUCACUGUGCAAGAUGUAGGGCAUGUCAUGCCUGGAGCUCUGAUGUGCAUUGUCAAACCAGACGGACCUCCUCAGUUGUGUAAAACAGAUGAGAUAGGCGAGAUUAUAAUCAACUCCCGGGCUGGAGGCACCAUGUACUAUGGUCUUCCUGGGGUGACCAAAAAUACUUUUGAGGUAAUACCGGUCAAUGCUAACGGAGUUCCCAUCGGAGAGAUUCCAUUUGUGCGGUCCGGACUCCUGGGCUUUGUUGGGCCUGGCAGUUUGAUCUUUGUGGUCGGGAAAAUGGAGGGACUGCUCCAAGUGAGCGGACGGAGACACAAUGCCGACGACCUUGUGGCUACCGCACUUGCUGUGGAGCCAGUCAAGACAGUGUAUCGUGGGAGGAUCGCUGUGUUUUCGGUCACUGUGUUCUAUGAUGAGAGAGUCGUAAUUGUGGCUGAGCAGAGACCAGACGCCAGUGAGGAGGACAGCUUCCAAUGGAUGAGUCGGGUACUUCAGGCAAUUGACAGUAUCCACCAAGUGGGCCUCUACUGCCUGGCCUUGGUCCCAGCCAACACUUUACCGAAAACACCCCUGGGGGGCAUCCACAUAUCAGACACCAAGCAGUUCUUCUUAGAGGGCAACCUCCACCCCUGCAACAUCCUCAUGUGUCCACACACUUGUGUCACCAACUUGCCUAAACCUCGUCAGAAGCAGCCAGUUGGUGUUGGUCCGGCAUCUGUGAUGGUUGGAAAUCUGGUGGCUGGGAAGAGGAUCGCCCAGGCGGCAGGCAGAGAGCUCGGCAUGAUUGAAGACCAGGAUCUUGUUCGGAAGCUCUGUAUGUGGCCCACCGUCAUGCAUCAAUACUUGACAGAGGCUCUACAGUGGAGGGCCCAGACAGAUGCAGAUCACGUCCUUUAUGUUCUUCUUAACGCCAAGGGUGUGGUUGUGAGCACAGCAACCUGCAUUCAGCUUCACAAGCGAGCUGAGAAAAUCGCUGCUGCACUAAUGGAGAAAGGCAGCAUCAACACUGGAGAGAAUGUUGUUUUACUUUAUCCUCCUGGUAUUGACUUGAUCGCGUCAUUUUACGGGUGCCUUUACGCUGGCUGUGUACCCGUAAAUGUUAGACCGCCACACCCUCAGAACCUGGGAGCCACUUUGCCUACUGUCCGCAUGAUCAUUGAUGUCAGUAAAGCUGCGUGUAUCCUCACAACUCAAAAUCUCAUGCGGAUACUGCGCUCCAAAGAGGCUGCUGCAUCUGUGAACAUUAAAACCUGGCCAACAAUAAUCGACACUGAUGACCUUCCUCGUCGUCGACCUCCGCAAAUUUAUAAGCCGCCCACAGCGGAGAUGAUAGCGUAUCUGGACUUCAGCGUUUCCACGACAGGCAUGCUCACUGGGGUCAAGAUCUCGCAUGCAGCAGUCAGUGCACUGUGUCGCUCUAUUAAGCUGCAGUGUGAACUGUACUCUUCUCGCCAAAUCGCCAUCUGCCUGGAUCCUUAUUGCGGUCUGGGCUUUGUCUUGUGGUGCCUCGCUAGUGUUUACUCAGGUCACCAAUCCAUCCUCAUACCUCCUUUUGAGCUAGAGAGCUGUUUGUCUCUGUGGCUAAGCACCCUUAGUCAGUACCGCGUCAGAGACACCUUCUGCUCUUACUCCGUCAUGGAAUUUUGCACUAAAGGGCUGGGCACGCAAACAGAGUUGCUCAAGGCCCGUGGGGUCAACCUGUCAUGCGUGCGGAGUUGUGUGGUGAUUGCAGAGGAGCGCCCUCGCCUGGCCCUCACACAUUCCUUUUCCAAACUGUUUAAAGAUCUGGGAUUGUCCACCAGAGCUGUCAGUACCGCUUUUGGCUCCAGGGUUAACCUGGCUGUCUGCCUCCAGGGUACCACAGGUCCUGAUCCCUGCACAGUUUACGUGGACAUGAAGUCCCUCCGCCAUGACAGAGUGAGGCUGGUGGAAAGAGGAGCACCUCAAAGUCUUCCCCUGAUGGAGUCUGGCAAGAUAUUGCCAGGUGUCAGAGUCAUAAUCGUAAAUCCAGAGACCAGAGGGCCACUUGGAGACUCUCAUCUUGGAGAAAUCUGGGUGAACAGCCCUCACAAUGCAAGUGGCUACUAUACCAUUUACGGCGAGGAAAGUCUACAAGCGGACCACUUUAACACUAAGCUGAGCUUUGGAGACCCACAGACCUUAUGGGCCAGAACUGGAUACUUGGGCUUUGUGAAGAGGACUGAGCUUCUGGAUGCCAGUGGGGAUCGGCAUGAUGCUCUUUUUGUGGUGGGCUCCCUGGACGAGACCUUGGAGCUUCGAGGGCUGCGCUACCAUCCCAUUGAUAUUGAGACAUCUGUGUCUCGUGCCCAUCGCAGUAUCGCUGAGAGUGCUGUGUUUACGUGGACCAACCUUCUGGUGGUGGUGUCGGAACUGUGCGGAUCAGAGCAGGAUGCGCUGGACCUGGUGCCUCUAAUAACAAAUGUGGUCCUGGAGGAGCACCACCUCAUUGUGGGAGUGGUUGUCAUUGUGGACCCCGGGGUCAUCCCCAUCAACUCCAGGGGGGAGAAGCAACGCAUGCACCUUCGUGACUCAUUCCUGGCCGACCAGCUGGAUCCUAUAUAUGUUGCUUACAAUAUGUAA